AUGGCUUAUCUUGCAUUCAAUGUAGCCUUGAAGGAAGAUUUCAUUUCCUCCAUUCGAGAAUACCUCAAAGGUUUGGAAUCAAGAAUGAAAGUAAUGGAGGUUCUACUAGGACGGUUAUUGAACGACGAGAGAAAGACCAACGAUAUUCUAGAUGCUCUGUUAAAGGAGGAAGUCUCGAAGGAUGUAAUGGAUGCAGAAUAUGAGUUGGGUGUGGUGAAGUCAUACACGAGAGAUCUAAAUAAACAUUUAAUAGACUAUAUGCUACUCUUGACUAGAAACAUCAAGAGGAAGAAGGAGUUUCUAAACACGGUUAUUCAAUGA